GAGGGUCAGAAUUUACUUAACCAAAAAAAAAUGGUUCACAAUAAUAUAGGCUCUAACUCAGGUAGAGAAAUAUUAAACUUCACAUUUGAUGCUGGUGGCACCAGUACCACUACUUCUCAUCAUCAUCAACAAGAUCAGCUUGUUCUGAUCAAAGAACAAGAUCGGUUGCUACCGAUAGCGAAUGUAGGGCGAAUCAUGAAGCAAAUCCUUCCCCCAAAUGCAAAAAUCUCCAAAGAAGCCAAAGAAACCAUGCAAGAAUGUGUUUCUGAGUUCAUUAGCUUUGUGACUGGAGAAGCCUCGGAUCAUUGUCGAAAAGAGAAGAGGAAGACGGUGAAUGGAGACGACGUGUGUUGGGCGAUGUUGAAUCUAGGUUUUGAUGAUUAUACUGAGCCAUUGAAGAAGUAUUUGCAUAAGAUUAGGGAACUUGAUGGUGAAAGGGCUAAUCAUAAUAAUAACAAAGGGGGGGCUGCUAGUAGUAGUAGUAAUGAAGAGAAAUUAGAUCAUACUAAUAAUAUUCGGCAUGCUCAUCAUCAUCAAGAAACUUCGUCGAAUUACAGAUCUACUACUACCGCAGGUAACCAAGUUCCUCAAAAAGCUAUUGCUCCCCCCUCCACGAAUCUUUUCAAGUUCAACGUUAUCGAUAAAAGAAAUAGAUUUUAACUAGGGUUCAUCAUGUAUUUACUUUUACUUUAUGGCCGGGUUGGGAAUUUAAUUAUUAGGGGUCAAGUUAGAGUUAAUACUUGUAUGAUAAUGAUACGAUGCGCAGAAACGCUACGCUUAUCCUGACCCCAAAUAAAAAGGAAACGAUGAAGCUAGAACACAAUUUGGGAGCUUUUGUGUGUUUGUCGAUCUGCUAGCUAGCUAGGGUUAUCCGAAAAUUAGUCCCCAAAAGAAAGAAUAACAAAAUUCGAUCGCAGGGUGCAGUGUGCCUUUCUGGAAUAUGAGUUUGUGUGAUGUUGCUAAUUAUAUAUGUACUUCUGAUAAUACAAUUGUGUGAUUAUAUCAACACUACGAAUCGCAAUUAAUUUUGAAUUAUUUUUAUUUUUUGUAA